AUGGGGUACAAUUUGUCCUAUGGAAAACUGCCAGAUGAUCGUCUGAGCCAAGACAACAGCACCUCGCCCAACGCCACAGCAGGCUUACUGGGGAACUCCACACACAACGAAUUCACCACCAUCGUCUUGCCUGUGCUUUACCUCAUCAUUUUCCUAGCAAGCAUCUUGCUGAAUGGCCUAGCAGUGUGGAUUUUUUUCCACAUCAGGAAUAAAACGAGUUUUAUAUUUUACCUCAAAAACAUCGUGGUUGCAGACCUUCUCAUGACACUAACGUUCCCGUUCAAGAUAAUCCAGGACUCGCAGCUGGGACCGUGGCACUUCAACUCUUUCCUGUGCCGAUACACUACAGUUCUGUUUUACGCAAACAUGUACACCACGAUUGUGUUCCUCGGACUCAUCAGCAUCGACCGCUACCUGAAAGUAGUGAAACCUUUUGGAGACUCCAGGAUGUACAGCAUCACCUUCACCAAGAUCUUAUCUGCCUGCGUUUGGGUUGUAAUGGCUUUCCUAGCUUUACCAAACCUGAUUCUUACAAACGGCUACCCGACAAAGAAAAACAUAGACGACUGCGUAAAGCUGAAGUCUCCCUUGGGAGUCAAGUGGCACACAGCUGUCGUCUACAUCAACACCUGCAUGUUUGUAGUGGUGCUGAUAGUACUGAUAGGAUGUUAUAUUGCGAUAUCCAGGUACAUUUAUAAAUCGAGCAAACAAUUUAUUAGCUCAUCAAGCAGAAAGCGAAAGCAUAAUCAAAGUAUAAGGGUUGUUGUGGCUGUAUUUUUCACUUGCUUUCUGCCAUAUCAUUUGUGCAGAAUACCCUUUACUUUCAGCCAUCUAGAUAAAAUUUUAGACGACUCUGCACAUAAAAUCUUAUAUUACUGUAAGGAAAUGACACUGUUCUUAUCUGCAUGCAAUGUCUGUCUGGAUCCAAUCAUUUACUUUUUCAUGUGUAGAUCAUUCUCACGAAGGCUGUUCAGAAAAUCAAAUAUGCGAACCAGGAGUGAGAGUAUUAGAUCACUUCAGAGCGUAAGAAGAUCAGAAGUGCGCAUAUACCAUGAAUACACUGAUGUCUGAAGUCACCCACACAGAGACUUUUGCUAAUUUGUGAGAAUAUUUGUAUAUCGUGUAAAUAAAACAUAUCUUUG